AUGGCUACGGCUAAGAGAAGCAAGGCGAAAGCUGCCAAGGCCAAAGCCGCGGAAGCAGCCAAGACAGCCAGGGCCAACGCCUACGAGGCCGAAAGGGCAGCUGACGCGGACGCUGUACGGGCCGCCAAGAUUGCCAAGAGGAAGGCGAGAGAGGCCAAAAAAGCUGCCACGACGGACACCGCGAAAGCCAAAGAGGCAGAAGAAGCCGCCAGGACAGCCAAAUUCAUGGCCGAAGAAGCCGCCAAGGCAAAGGAAGCCGCGGACGAGGCGAGGCGGCUGGAGGACAAGGAAACGGAGUGGGCGCAGUGCGAGGAAGAGCUGUUCGCCUCGAGGUUCCGCCGUUUCUGGAACAAAUUCUACGCCUGCCGCGGCCGCGGCGUCACCUUCCAUCAAACCACAUCUAUCCCUGCCAUGCGUUAUACGUCCCCUGCUUCUCGUGACUCGCCCGAUGCCAUGGAUACUCUACAGUUCAAGUCAGUCAAAAUCGCAUCAAUCAAAGAGUGCUUACACUGGCCGCUGCAAGUGUUUGGCAUCGUUGCUGCACGUGAUAUCCUGGAUAACAAGCGCAACAUUAUUUUCCACCGUCCGAGAAAUAGCUGCCAGACCAUCACCGAAGAGGAUCCAUAUCUUGCAUUGACCGGCCCCAGUCGAGCUAUUGCGGUGUCAAUAGACCCUUCCUACAUUGAGGUUUCCCUGAAAGUCAAGGGCCCUACAAAAGCUGAGGAUAAAGAUCUGAGUGAUCUUGUUGUGACUUACAAAAGUGCGUAUUGCCUAACUGGUGUUUACCCUAGCAGGCUCAGCACGCUGAAACUUGAAUUCAGCCACGUUAGUUUCUCUGUGGAGGCCACAAUCUGUAUAAAACUCACUGGUGGGUCAUGGCCAAUUGGUUUCCAAAGUGUAUUCACUGCUGGCACUUCUACUGAUGAUGUCCUUGUCAAAUUACUUGAUUCCGGACAUGACGGGUUGCCUGUCGAUGCCAAUGGUGUGACCAAGCUCUCGCGUCGCGUGGUUUCUGUUGGACUGGAGAAGUUUCUGAAGGUUUGUCUCAUGGCAAUUUCGAUUAAUGAGAAACAAGUUGUUGAGAGUAGCGAGGCAACUUUUAAGCCUGAGAGGGCUGACAUUAGCCUAAUCAAUCUUAGUCUUGGCUUCUGUAGUAUGGAAGUCGCCGUUGCUUGGUCAUGUUUCUGUGAUGAGUGA